CCAUGGAGACAGGCUAACAGAUGGUACGGGCUGUCCUCAGAGGGAGUCUCCACCUCUAGACAGUCAGAGACGCGCCAGGAUGGAGGUCCUGAAGGAGAAGGUAGAGGAGGAGGAGGCGGCUGAGCGGGAGGAGGCGGCCGAGCGGGGCGAGAAGACGAUGAAGCCCCUGGAGGUGCGGAAGGAGGAGACCUUCCUGACGCAGGAGAUGCUCAGAGACCUGGAGAAGAAGGUGUCAGAGAUUGAGGUCGCCGCUCCGCGGAGGCCCUCGAGCAUUACCAAGGACACUAUUGACAUCUCCAAGCUGCCUCUUUCCUACCAAAGCAACACGCUCAAGGAGGAACAGCUGCUGCAGGUGGCAGACAACUUCUCGCGCCAAUACAGCCAUCUGUGCCCGGACCGCGUGCCCCUCUUUCUGCACCCACUGAACGAAUGCGAAGUGCCCGUAAGGCUGGAAGUGACCAUCCGGCCCACACUGAUGCCCUACCCCGAGCUCUACAACUGGGACAGCUGUGCCCAGUUUGUGGCGGACUUCCUCUCCGUGGUGCCCCUGUCCGACCCCCUCAAGCCGCCCUCGCACCUGUUCUCCUCCACCAUGGUGCUCAAGUACCAGAAGGGCAACUGCUUCGACUUCAGCACGCUGCUCUGCUCCAUGCUCAUCGGCUCCGGCUACGACGCCUACUGCGUCAACGGGUACGGCUCGCAGGACCUGUGCCACAUGGACCUGACCCGGGAGGUGUGCCCGCUCACCAUCACGCCCAGGAAGGCAGUCGAGGAGAAGGAAAUGGCACCACCUAAGAAGUACUCGAUCAAACCCCCCAGGGAUCUGAGCAGCAGGUUUGAGCAGGAGCAGGAGAUGAAGAAGCAGGAGGAGAUCAGAGCUGAGGAGAAGAGGCAGCUGAAGGAGGAGGAGGCUCACCUCAAGGAGAUGGAGAAUGCAAAGAUGGACCCUCUGUACGGCUUACGGGUGCACUCCUGGGUGCUGGUGUUGUCAGGGAAGCGUGAGGUGCCCGAGAGCUUUUUCAUCGAUCCGUUCACGGCACGCAGCUACAGCACCCAGGACGACCACUUCCUCGGCAUCGAGAGUCUCUGGAACCACAAGAACUACUGGGUCAACAUGCAGGACUGUUGGAACUGCUGCAAGGACUUGGUCUUUGACCUGGGAGACCCUGUGAGGUGGGAGUACCUGCUCUUGGGGACUGAUAAGUCUCACCUGGCCAUGACAGAGGAAGACGACGAUGGCCUGAAUGAUGACGAUGACAUAGAAAAUCUGGGCAAGGAGGAGGAGGAUAAGAGCUUCGACAUGCCACACUCGUGGGUGGAGCAGAUCGAGAUCUCCCCGGAAGCGUUCGAGACCCGCUGCCCAAAUGGGAAGAAGGUGAUUCAGUACAGGAAGGCCAAGGUGGAGAAGUGGAGCCCCUACCUGAACAGCAACGGCCUUGUGUGCCGCCUCAGCACCUAUGAGGACUUAGAAUGUACCAAGAUUUUGGAGAUAAAGGAGUGGUACCAGAACCGGGAAGACAUGUUAGAGCUGAAGCACAUAAACAAGAUCACAGGCCUGAACAUCGACUACUUCAAACCAGGCCACCCCCAGGCUCUGCGUGUGCACUCAUACGUAUCCAUGCAACCUGAGAUGGACCGUGUCAUGGAGUUUUACGAAAGGGCCCGUGUGGAUGGCCUGAUAAAGCGGGAAGAGACGCCCAAGACGAUGACCGAGCACUAUCAAGGGAGAGCCGACUUCCUCUCUUACCGCCAUGUCAAUUUUGGGCCCAGGGUCAAGAAGUUGGCCAUGAGCAGCGCAGAGUCAAACCCCCGGCCCAUGGUGAAAAUCACAGAGCGGUUAUUCCGCAACCCAGCAAAGCCUGCGGAUGAGGACGUGGCGGAGCGCGUGUUUCUGAUCCCGGAGGAGCGCAUCCAGCUGCGCUACCACUGCCGCGAUGACCACAUCACGGCCUCCAAGCGCGAGUUCCUGCGGCGCACCGAGGUGGACAACAAAGGCAACAAGAUCAUCAUGACGCCGGACAUGUGUAUCAGCUUCGAGGUGGAGCCCAUGGAGCACACCAAGAAGCUUCUCUACCAGUACGAGGCUAUGAUGCAGCUGAAGAAUGAGGAGAAGUUGUCCAAACAUCAGGCCUGGGAGUCGGAGCUGGAGGUGCUGGAAAUCCUGAAGCUUCGAGAAGAAGAGGAGGAGGCACACACACUGACCAUCUCCAUCUAUGACACCAAGCGCAAUGAGAAGAGCAAGGAGUAUCGGGAGGCCAUGGAGCGUGUGAUGCAUGAGGAGCACUUGCGGCAGGUGGAGGCCCAGCUGGACUACCUGGCCCCGUUCCUGGCACAGCUCCCACCAGGAGAGAAGCUGACACGCUGGCAGGCCGUGCGCCUCAAGGACGAGUGCCUCAAUGACUUCAAGCAGAGGCUCAUCGACAAGGCCAACCUUAUCCAGGCCCGUUUCGAGAAGGAGACCCAGGAGCUGCAGAAGAAGCAGCAGUGGUACCAGGAGAACCAGGUGACCUUGACCACGGAGGAUGAAGACUUGUACCUGAGUUAUUGCUCUCAGGCCAUGUUCCGCAUCCGCAUCCUGGAACAGCGGCUCAAUCGACACAAGGAGCUGGCUCCGCUCAAGUACUUGGCUCUUGAGGAAAAGCUCUACAAGGACCCACGCCUGGUAGAGUACCUGAAAGUCUUUGUUUGAUGCCCCUCCUGGGGCCUCUGCCUAAGCUGCCAGAGAAGGAAACCUCCCUCACAGCCUGGCCUCUGUGGUCUCUACACGGAGCUAAUGACCUAGCUUCGCUGCCACGCCACUGCCCUACAGCCCUAUGUGUUCCUGCUUCUCCUGAUUUUCUGUAAAUAAACGCGCUUUAAUUUGCCAUUUGUACCUCAUGUUUCACAAGCUCCAGCACCAGCCUUUCUCUCCUCUCCUUCUUUAUCUAUAGCCUAGGACCACCGAGACCCUCCUACGCGGCCCCCAGGAGGGACCACAAAGGAGACCCCGAUUCUGGUGGGUUAUAGCUCUUCCCUAAAUCACAAGUGAAGUUGGCCUAGGACCACCGAGACCCUCCUACGCGGCCCCCAGGAGGGACCACAAAGGAGACCCCGAUUCUGGUGGGUUAUAGCUCCACCCAUAAAUCACAAGUGAAGUUGGCCCUUCGCGGAUUCCUAGUCAGUGGUCCUCAGGGGAGCAGCCCGCUCAUCCAUUCACCUAGACCUCGGACGUAGGGGCAGUACUUCCGGGCUCCAAGCCUGACCCGACCCGGAAUCAGUCUCCGUUUCCCUAGAUUCCUCCUGUGGGGGGGUUCAAGCCGAUGUUCCAGCCGAAGAAGGAAAGUCUUCAGAACACGGCGGCACCGCCCACAAGUAAAGGAAAGAAGUAGGAGCCAUGGCAAAACGCUAAGGACGCCUCUCCGCUUCGCCCGACUCCAAGAUGGAAGGACCGCGGCUUCACGCUGCUCCCGAUGUCCACUUCCCAUUGGCUACCUGAGAAUUGUUUUUUCCAAUAAUGGGAACGCUGAUUGGUCUAUCUGGGCCGGUUGCUGAAGUGAUUGGUGCAGAUGCCAUUGGAGGGCGUCUCGCAAAUUUUUCAAACGCAA